AUGGGUGUCAGAUCGUCGUCGAGUCCAUACUCUCCUUCAUCCAAAGAGAUGUACCAAAAGAGCAAUUCCUCUUCAUCGACCUUAGUUGGUUCAUUCAUCAAAACUUUGCGAACGGGUUCCAGCAAACAGCAACAGCAGCAGAACCCAGGAGCUCAGGAUGGAAAUAUCGAAGCUAUGAGAAAAUCUCAAACAUAUCUUAGACGUUCAACUAGUCAUGGUCACGCUGUCUCUGGAAUCCAUAUAAGCCCUUUAAGAAGCAGUAGCACAGGCAAGUGUUCCGGUAAGGAAAAACAUCACCAUGGUAAGAGCGACAAAUAUUUCACAGACUUGGAUGAAGAUUGGAGUGCAGUUAUCGAAGACUACAAUUCACCAAUUCCAGUUAUUUCUAAUGGUGGUAUGGAAUUAAAACCACCAGUAAAAGUGAGCUCAAAGGCGGAGGGAUCACAAUCUCCGAGUUCUUCCACGAACUACCCAACUCUGCCGAACCUGACGAGAGCACUAAGUGCUGACUUGAAGUCGCAAUACGAAAAAGAAAAUGAGAGAAAUGUACAAGAGCUGAAUUCUCUCAUGCAUAGAAUAGCGAAGUUUGACGCGAUUUUAAACCCUUCCAACUCUCCACAAAUCAAUCUAAACGAUCUGAGGAAGCUAAGCUGGAACGGUAUUCCUGCCAUUCAUAGGCCUCAAGUUUGGAAAUUACUCAUCGGCUAUUUACCGGCGAACACGAAAAGACAGCAUUCUCUAUUACAGCGAAAGAGACUAGAGUAUCGUGAUGGUGUUCAGUUGGUGUUUUCCAAAGAACAUACGAGGGAUAUUCCAACCUGGCAUCAAAUCGAGAUAGAUAUUCCUAGAACCAAUCCACAGAUCCCAUUAUAUCAGUUUCCUCUUGUUCAAGAGAGCCUUCAGAGGAUUUUGUAUCUUUGGGCAAUACGGCACCCCGCCAGUGGCUACGUGCAAGGUAUAAAUGACCUUGUAACACCGUUCUUUCAAACUUUUCUCACUGAAUAUCUACCAGCUGCCCAGAAAGAGGAUGUUUGUAGAUUAAAUCCGAGAGAAUACUUGACGGAAGCUCAGUUGCAAGAUGUUGAAGCAGAUUCUUUCUGGUGCUUGACAAAAUUACUUGAACAAAUUACUGACAAUUAUAUUCACGGUCAACCUGGUAUAUUAAAACAAGUAAAAAAUUUGGGCCAGCUGGUUAAAAGAAUUGAUUCAGACUUAUACGACCACUUUAGUCAUGAAAAUGUGGAAUUUAUACAGUUCGCUUUUCGAUGGAUGAAUUGUUUACUCAUGAGGGAAUUUCAAAUGGACAUGGUCAUAAGAAUGUGGGAUACUUAUCUCUCUGAGACUUCCUUGGAGACAUCCUCAUCGAAAGCUGACAACGUAAGCAUCUCUUCCAGCUCCAACAGUACAUCGCACUCUACUCCUCUUGAUUCACCUCGAAAAGUGCAGUCCUCCACUGGUUUACGAGCCAACUCUGCAGGUUCAACUUUAUCUAGACAGACAUCCCUAAGUGAAUUUCACGUUUUCGUUUGCGCUGCGUUCUUGGUCAAAUGGAGUGAAAAGUUGAUCAGCAUGGAUUUUCAAGGAAUAAUAACGUUCUUGCAAAAUCCUCCCACAAAGGCCUGGAAAGAGGCUGAUAUAGAACUAUUACUCAGUGAAGCUUUCAUCUGGCAGUCUCUUUAUAAGGAUGCCAGUUCGCAUUGGCGCUAA